AUGUUUUUCUUUUCAGACGAGUACUUGGACGAAGAGGAUAAUAAGUCCAUUGAAAUGCCAGCUAUUCCGGAUUUCCCUCUAGAGCCAGAGAUCCAAAAACCAGAACUAAUGCAACCAAUGGAGGAUAUCCCUAAAUUUAUUGAGCCUGAGCUAAAAGUAGAUCUUUGUCCGGUAACCAAGGAAAAAUGUGAUUGAGAUUGCGAAGAAAAAGAUCAAGGUGCUGCCAAGAAGCCAGUUGAACUCGCCAUUGAAGAUAUUGGCAUGAACAAGCUUGAACGUAGGAGAAUGCAGUGCAAAGAGAGAGCCAAGAAAAGCAGAGAUAGGAAAAAAGUUUAUAUUGAAGAGCUGGAGUUGAAGAUAAAAAUAUUAGAAUCCGAAAACACCAAGCUGCAUCAAAUGUUACAAGUUUAUAGAAACCAGACCUGGAAUUCUGUGAGCAAAGAGUCUACUAAUCUUAUCGGAGACAUUGAGUCUCAUAGGAAGAAGAUGGCAGAAAUCUUUGUUGACCCAGCUACAAAUGAAUAUAAAGAGAAUGCAAAGAUGACUUGUUCCGAUCAUUUCCGUCAGACCGCUGAGAAGGUACUCGACAAGCAUCGUAGAAUUAUGAACCUUAGCUUUGAAAUGAUCAUUGAUCAUAUCUAUCCUUUUGUCUCUUGUUACUACUGGAAACAUCUUCACGAAGGGUAUAACGCCAGUUUUGAAUUGAUAAAGAAAUAUAACAGGCAAACAAAGUAUCAAAAGCCUGAUUUUAUUCGUAUUCAUAAUUUCACAGAGCUUGAUAAGCUAAUUGCGUCAUUUAAUCCAGAUAAGAGACAGUUCAGGUUCAUUAAAGAUGUCCUCAUUCAGAAAGAAAUGAAGAUUAAGGCAAGGUUUGACCAAGCUAUCGACCUCCUUUUAAAAUCUAAAGAUAUUAUUAGCGAGGCAAGUACUGAAAUGUUCGCAUUCAGAAACUUCUUAAUAAAAUCAGGAAUUUUGAGCGACAAGCAAAUCAUUGACAGCUUAUUAGCUGUAGACGCUUCCUCUGUCAGUUGCAGGAAGUUCACUGAUAUCUGGGGAAUUGAAGUAGAGCCAAAAACAAUCAGUUGUAACCUAGGUAAAGACCCUUUGUAUGGCCUUCUGGCCAAGAAGCAUCUUCCAAAAGAAGAAAGGGUGAUCAACAUCGAGUACGAUAGGUUCUUCAUCCCUUCCCGUAAGAUCGAAAUACACGUUGGAUAAGUUCUUUAUAAUAUUUUG